AAAUAGUAAACACGCUGUUGACUGUGUGUAAUAAAUAAUAUUUAUUUAUUAUUUUUAACUAGUAGAUUGCAGAAAAGUUAAAUUUAGCCAUGAAAGUCGCUGAUAAUUUAAACCCUAACGUGUAUGAGAAGGGCUCGGUACGAGAAGUUACUAAAAGCGAUUUGGAUGAAGAGCUGAAUGAUGAUUUUGACCAACGUGAAAUUUUUGAUAUCAUCCGAAACAUCAGCGACCCAGAACAUCCCUUGACUUUAGAAGAACUUCGUGUUGUCGAGGAGAGCAAUGUUAUUAUUGAUAAUAAAAAUAAUUUGGUACAUGUGUACUUUACACCAACAAUUCCCCAUUGCAGCAUGGCAACGUUGAUAGGUCUUUCAAUUCGAGUCCAACUUCUCCGAGCCCUGCCAAGCAGGUUUAAAGUGACCGUUGAGGUGACAGAAGGAACUCAUGUAUCAGAACAUGCAGUAAACAAACAGUUAGCAGAUAAAGAAAGGAUUGCAGCUGCAUUAGAGAAUAACAACUUAGUGCAAAUUAUAAAUCAGUGUGUUCGAUCUGUUUAGAGUAUAAUGUGUAUAUUAAGGUUUAUUCUAAUGUGUAAAAAUAAAUGUAAAAGUGAGUUGGUUUAGUGUAGUAUUGUGUAUUACACUCAGUAACUGUGUAAUGUUUAUAUGAAAACAAAAGUAGAUGUCAGCACCUAUAUAUAAUAUAAUGUAUAGUUUGACACUGAAUCUGUAAAAUUUUAGUGUAAAGUAAGUUUAGUGUUAAUCAUGUUAAAAAUAUAAGAUUGGUUAUAAUAAUUGUGUAGCUUAUUUUUGUAUUAAAUAAACGGUAAAAUCCAA